AUGGGCCGACCAGACAAACCCCGCGACCCCAUCGCCGGUCCCGAAACACCACAACCACCCUUCCCAAUAAAGCUCCGAGGUCCCGUAGUAAAAGGCUUCGGACGCGGAAGCAAAGAGCUAGGUAUCCCCACCGCCAACAUCCCGCUCUCCGGCCUGAGCAUAGGCGGCCACGACGAGCUCGAAUCCGGCAUCUACUACGGCUGGUGCACCCUCGACACAACCACAAUACCAACCUCCACAACCGCCUCCAGUGUCCCCAGCGCCACAGACGAUACAUCUAUCCCUUCCCAAUCCUCAUCCCACGCCGUCCUCGACCUCGAAUACUCCUCAGAAACGCCCACACCUUCCACCAUUUACCCCACCGUCCUCUCCAUCGGCUACAACCCGUACUACAAAAACAGCCAACGCAGUAUCGAAAUCCACAUCUUACACAGCUUCGAGAAGGACUUUUAUGGCGCGCAGCUCAGCCUCAUGAUAUUGGGUUUCAUACGGCCGGAGUACGAUUAUGUGAGUAAGGAAGCGUUGGUGGAGGAUAUCAGGGAGGACAUUAGGGUUGCGCAGAGGAGUUUGGGGAGGGAGGGGUAUGAGGUUUGGAAGAGCGAUGAGUGGUUGAAAGGUGGGGAUGAUGUCAAAGUGAACUGGAAUCAGGAGGGGCAGAAGGAUGGGGUGGGGAUUGCGCAGAUGAUUAAUUAG